GUCAUUACGACCUGCUGAUCUCGCUGAUACUAAAAUCUAACUUGAAACAGAGCAAACUUUGAUAAUCCAGAAUCAAAUAUGAAGAGUGUUGUACUUGUCGUCGUAAUGAUGGGCUUCGCUGCCGCCUCUGCCAUGUCUGGUGCAGACUCUGGUAUGGUGGCUGAGGAAACACGACGUCACAAAAAGGAGUCUUAUUGCCCAGAACCAACGUUGGAUGAUGAAUUUACAUGUGCUGCCUGCAAGACGCACCUGAAUGCCAUGCUUACCGACUCAACUUUGACCGAAAUAUUGCUAACAUAUUGCGAUACCGUUCCAAGAGUUCCCGAUAGGAGCGGUCGUGCUCGUGCUAGGUGUUUCGCUCUUGCCAACUCAGCAGAGGUAGAGAACAUGGUAACUUCGGAACUGGUGGAUGAAAUGUGCACGAAUGGCUUGCGUUGUGUAGUAUCCGCUUAAAUUAUUGAUUAAAGGAUGAUGAUACUGUCAGCAACGAGCGAACGUCAACGUCAACAGUCAACGUAAGAGGCUUACGAAAUGACGAUGAAUUCAGUUGAUUUAUGGUGGAGGGUUUAACUGAUUAUAUAGCAUUAUAUAUCUUUACAGUAUAGUAUACAGCAUUGGUAGAGCUAACCAAAUAGUCACAGACAGUGUUCAUAUGUUUUCUGAGAUCAACCAAUAUAAACAAAGUAAUAAACCUGUAAACCUUUAACUGUUCGUCCAGAUACAGUGUUCUCGAAUAUUACUUCAUUUCAGAGGAAAUAUUUCUCAGAAAAAAAUCAAAAACGCUCAGGGAAAAAAAAUCAAACUCGUCCACAAUCAAAUGUUGGUUUUAUUCCUGCAAAAACCUGCCAAGAUAAUAUCAUGGUUUAGAUCGAAUAACGUACCAAAAAUAACUAAAAUCGUAUUUUACCAAAAUAGUUGAAAGUAUAUAGUUUGCCAGUGCAUUGGCAUUAAUACAAAUGACGAAAAUUGAAAUAUGAAAAAUUACAAACAAUAAGAACAGCAAAGAGUAAAACUUAUCCUUGUAUACCCGUGAUAUUAUUUUAAUAUUGUUUAUUUAUUGGAAAGGUUAUAUAUGUACCUAGUAUACUCUAUGCUUCUCUUCAUGCACAUAUUUUGCUUUUAAAGCGGCCUUAGUCCUUCAAAAUUCUUUAAAUUCAGGGUAAUAAUUUUCCGAGGUAGACAAAACUUUACACAAAGUGGAAAUUUUAACCAUAAGCACGGAAAUUGCAAAUCUUGAACAUUUAUUCGACCAAAAGUUGGUAGUAAUGGAAAAUACAAUAAAAACGGUGAAGUAUUAUAAGUAA